CUGCGCUUGGAUCUUACGCUAGCAUGUGGACAAUCAUUCCGCUGGAGGGAAACUGCAGAGGGACACUGGACUGGUGUGAUGGGAGGGCGAGUCUGGACUCUGACUCAAACAGAUGACACUCUUUGGUUUCACGUGUACGCGAACCACCAGGACGGGCAGAAGGAAGGAGGUGACACUAAGAGGAGAGCUGGCGAGAAAAACGUUGCUGAGAGCAAGAGACGUAAAGGUGCUCCGUGGAAGGAAGAAGAGGAUUCACGUGCUGUGACCAGUGAACAGAACAGUGAUGUGGAGGCAGAGAUGCUGAGAGAUUACUUCCAGCUGCACGUGAAGCUGGGGGAUCUAUACAAGGAAUGGGGAUCAGCUGAUGGCCACUUCAAGCAGAUUGCGGACAUCUUUACAGGUGUGCGAAUGCUGCGGCAAGACCCCACCGAGUGCCUGUUUUCCUUCAUUUGCACCUCGAACAACCACAUUUCUCGUAUUCAAGGCAUGGUGGACAGACUGUGUCAGAGCCUGGGCGAACCCCUGUGCCAGCUGGAUCAAACCUCCUACUACAACUUUCCAACCCUGUCUGCCCUUGCAGACAUCAGUGUAGAGGCUCGUCUCAGGGAUCUCGGCUUUGGAUACAGAGCCCGGUUCCUCCAGCAGAGUGCCAAGCAAAUCCUGGACACCCACGGGCUCCAGUGGUUAGAAGGCUUACGCAGAGUCCCGUACCCUGAAGCCCGUGAUGCUCUUCGGACUCUUCCCGGCGUUGGCACCAAGGUGGCGGACUGCGUGUGUCUUAUGUCUCUGGAUAAGCCAGAGGCUGUACCUGUGGAUACACAUGUGUGGCAGAUUGCUAAGCGGGACUAUAAGUAUGCUGCUAAUAAUGGACAGAAGAGUCUUACAGAUAAACUUCACAAAGAAAUCGGAGACUUUUUUAGAAAGCUAUGGGGGCCAUAUGCUGGAUGGGCACAUUCUGUUUUGUUUUGUGCUGACCUCAAGAAGUUCCAGAGUCUGAAAGAGACGACACAUCCUAAACCUCUGAAGACGAGGAAAGAGGAGGAUGAGAAGUGCAAGAAAUCAAACCUAAAGAGAGAGUUUGAUGGAGACAAGACUAACCUGAAAACCAAGUCAAAAUGCCGGAAGGCUCAGGUUUCUGUGCAGAAAUAG